AUGUCGACAACGCCAAGAACGCCAUGGGAUGCACCCUUGACUGAAGCUCCACCGCCCUUGGAUGCAGCUGAACGGGACUCGAUCAUCGCCGAGGUCGAGCGCGUCGUGACCGAGCACGCGGACUUCACCUCGGGCCGACAAGACGUCGAGCGGAUUCUGAACCUGUCCUCAAUCAAGGACGCACUCGCCGAGAUGACCGACGAGGGGCUCGUGGCUCUGCGUGCCUUUAUCGAGAGGGGCGUGAGCAGGCUGCCACCAGACAGUCCAGAGCGAUACGGCAUCUUCAACCAGCUCCUCCACCGCGCCGAAACUGAAGACGGGAUUAUGUUGCACGUGGACAUGCGCUUCUCUCUCGCUCUCAACCCACAAGUGAUCUACGUCACAUAUGCCUGCAGGGCCGGACAGCCCCUGUCGCACAGGCUGUUCCGCGUCGGCCACGCUUCGCCAUUCACGAUAUGCAAGCACUACUAUCGCGGUGUGCACAGUGACCUCCUCCCAGCUGGCGAAACCCCGCACGACGAGACGAUUUACGGCAUCAUCUUUGUCAUCGACGUCGUCCCCCCCGGGGAACACGUCGAAGCCAUCGAGAUGAUUGCGACGAUGUGCCUCACCCACAAGAUCGAGGAAUACACAUCAAUGCCGGCGUAUGGGGACGCCAGCAGCUUCCCGUGGCGCUGCCCACUGUGCUGGAAAGGUGCGAAAACAGUCGCGGAGAUGCAGGAACACAUGUCGCUCGCUCACCUCGGUCCCGUUUACUGA